AUGUGGGAGCCAUUGCAGCAGCUGCUUCCGGGAAAGCCACGUGUGGGGAACCGGCUCGCUGGGAUGCCUUCUGGCCAGGGUCUAACGCCAGGUGUUGUGAGCACAGUGAAGGCCUGUGAGGUGAGGCAGAAGGGGGCCGAUGGCCGAUUUCUCGGGUACUCCAACUGCAGAUGGGAUCUGUGCUGUCCUCGCCCCAAAGCCCACCUGGCUCGCAGAGCAGAUGUGGAAGAUCGUGGCUUGCUGCAGAGCCAGAAUAAAAAGAAAAGCCGGAAGCACCAGCGGUUUAUGGAGCGCAGGGCUCUGCUGGAGCAAAGGGGGCUGUUGAGACCCAAAUUGGGACACGGGACUGAGCCAAUGGCAUUCACGCCAUCCAAAGAGGGCCUGUUAAACAGGGAAGCCAGCAGAUGUGGCCAGCCAGCCAGUGAGGAUGUAUCUCUCGUGCAUAAUCAGUCUGUGGGGAAAGUCCAUGUAAAGCUCACAAAGCUCAAGCGGGCUCUGUUGCAGUCUCUGCCAGUCCCUCCGGAGGACACAGCUGGGCAAUGCUCCUUUUCACUUUCCCAAGACUCGGAGAGCAGGUUACCUUUGCCUGGCAGUUCCAACUCAGGCAGAGCUUCCUUGUCCCGCUCACUGCAGAGACCUGGGAAAUGCGUGGCCAUUGACUGUGAGAUGGUGGGCACAGGCCCUGGCGGGAAGCUGAGUGAGCUGGCGCGAUGCACGGUGGUGAACUACAACGGAGAUGUGAUCUAUGACAAAUAUAUCCGGCCAGAGCUUCCCAUCGUGGACUACAGGACUCGCUGGAGUGGGAUCACCAGGCAACACAUGCAGAACGCUACCCCGUUCAGUGCUGCACAGAGAGAGAUCCUGAAGAUCUUGAAAGACAAGAUUGUGGUGGGACAUGCCAUCCACAAUGACUUCCGAGCCCUGAAAUAUUUUCACCCCAGAAGCCGGACUCGAGACACCAGUCGAAUCCCUUUGCUGAACCGGAAGGCAGGACUCCCUGUGAAAGUCAGUGCCUCUCUCAAGAGCCUGGCAAGGCAGCUGCUCCACAAAAGGAUUCAGGUUGGCCAGAAGGGACACUCGUCGGUGGAGGAUGCUCGGACUUCCAUGGAGCUUUACAGACUGGUGGAGGUCCAGUGGGAGCAGGAGCUUGCCAGCAGCCACCCCUCCAGUCCCCCUCGCACUCCUACGGACAGCUGCACGGACAGUGACCACUACAUGGAGGACCAGUACUGGCCUAAGGACCUGAAUAUAGACUGCAAAUGAAAUGCUCAGUCUCCAUCUUCUCCUUGAGGGUUUCCCCUCCCAAUAGAGACAUUUUCACGCCUUCAGCUUUUAAACUGAGAACAGCUGUUCACUCCUAUUUAAUCUUUUCCCCCUCAGGGUUUGCUCCCCCAACAUUGCAGCUUGGUGGUGGUGCAGGAGAGCCUGAAAACGACACUGGUCAAUCCAACUGCGUGGCCCAAGCUGGACAAAAAGCAAAUGUAG